UAUACUUAUGCUCAUUAUUGCGUUGCUAUUGCUUACAGAGGCUUUACAUAGAGCUCUCACAUGCACAGCCAAAAACCGCAACUGCACCCACAUGCACACGCAUACAGCGAUGCGUUCGGUUUUCGCAUUGGGAGCGUCGCAUCGCGUGAUCUUCUAAUUCUCUUUCGCUCGCCUUAUUUUCGUUGAGUGGAGUUGCUUGGAAAUUCCAGUUGCUGUACCGUUGCCUCUUAGCCGCGCCUUCCACUAACUUAAACCACACGUGUCCCGUUUUUUUUGGUGAUUUGUUGUUAUUCGACCAAAAAUUGCUGCCUUCUCGUUUCAUUUGUUGUACCGUUGUAGCUGAGCGUCUUUGGUGCUAAGUGCGUCUUGCGGGAAAAAUUAGUGGAUUAUUCGCGCACAAAAAGAGCCGAUCGCGGAAAGAAAAAUAUGAAUAAAUUAUAAAAUUCAUUUGUGUUUGUUUUUUUUUUUAAUAGUGUGUGUGUGUGUGUGUGUGUGAAUAUAACGACAGAAUGGAAACGGCAAGGAAAGAACAGAAAGAGAGCAUGCAGCAAAAGCGGAAGAACCAGGAAGAAGACAGUGCAGUCGCGCCUCCACAGAUCCCUGAAGGUGUGGUCCAUGUACGCCGAUCUGGAGGAGUCCUUUGGCACCUUCAAGACCUGCAAGGCCGUCUACGAGCGCAUCAUCGACCUGAAGAUCUGCACGCCGCAGGUGAUCAUCAACUAUGGCAUGUUCCUCGAAGAGCACAACUACUUCGAGGAGGCCUAUCGGGCCUACGAGAAGGACAUUGCCCUGUUUAAGUGGCCGAAUGUGUACGACAUCUGGAACUCGUAUUUCAGCAAGUUCCUCGCGCGCUACGGGGGCACAAAGCUGGAGCGGGCCCGCGACCUCUUCGAACAGUGCCUGGAUCAGUGUCCCGCUGAGCAUGCCAAGUACUUUUACCUGCUCUACGCGAAGCUGGAGGAGGAGCACGGCCUGGCCCGGCAUGCCAUGUCCGCAUGUCGGGCUCUGCCCGAGCAGCAUAUGCGCCACAUGUGCGUCGAAUUCGCCGAGCUGGAGACGAAGCUGGUCAAGGUGGAUCGAGCCAGGGCCAUCUACGCUCACAGGUGUGCGAUCCCAGCAUCACGGCGGACUUGGAAGGAGUUCGAGGUGCGUCAUGGCAACGAGGAUACGAUGCGUGAAAUGCCGCGGAUCAAGCGUUCCAUUCAGGCCACCUACAACACGAACACGAAUGGUGUGGCUGCCGAGUGGUAUGUCUGUGGAAUACUUCCCUCGAUUUGAGACCUAUUCUUCGGAGACCUAUUCUUCGUUUUGUUCGGAAAUUCAUAAAUUCCUCGAAUCUCAGCAGGCGUUGGCAAUGUUUCCCUGCCAGAGCUUGAGCCUUGGGAUAUCUCAUUCCUUUCGAAUCAGCUGUUGGAAGCAAAUCUAUUCUCUCUAUUUU